CAGUUAUAUUCUGCCUUUUAGAUUGGUACAUUAACGGUAGGAGGUGCUGAAUUAUUCGAGUUAGUAAAGUAGUAAAUAGCAUUGAUUAUUGUAUAAGGAUGGCGUAUAAUAAUACUAAUAGUUUUUCCUUAUUCGUUCAAUUUUAGCAGUACGAAAAUUAUUUCAUUUGUGACUAAAUUAUCAAAAACAAAAUGGAGGGUGAUGGAGUGUCGCCUGUGAUAGGGAGAGGACGAGGGUUUCCCAAAGAAAGGAAAGAUCUACGCCGACCCGUAACUGAAUUAUCAGAUAAGUUUCAACAAGUUCAAGUCGGGCCUGAUAUCAACCAACCGUCUGUGCCUGAAAUUGAAAAUGUGGUAUAUUCCGGAGGUUCCACUUCCAGUUCUUGUUCCAGUAGCACAAGUAGUUCUGCUCGUAUCACUAUCCGCAACACUGUUCCUGGGAGUCGGGAAGAUGUUGACAAUGACAGAAGCUCUAACGUUACAGUAUGCGAAGAUACUGUGCAACAAGCUGCCUCUGAAGUCAGUGAAGAGAGAAGGCAUCUGACUUGCAGCAUCCACUACCAACUCCGGCUAUGUCUUACUGCUUUACCAGUCCCACUGAAUCAACCAGCAAAUUCAAUACUUUCGCCAUUUGCAAAAGAAUUUGUCCCACAAAACACCAUUCAACAGUCUUGUAUAUUGCACCCAGACUAUCAGGAAAGAAUGGGUGACUUUAAUGACCCGAGUGUCCAGGGAAGUGUUGAAAGUUUUCCUGUUUCAGAAUUUGAACAAAGUGACCAAGAUAAUAUUGACAGUUAUACAAUUUCAGAACUGAAGGAUUUUAUCUUCAAAAUCACUUUAGAUCCUGGGGAGUAUGAUCCCUUGGUCGAGUCUUUGGUUAAUAUGCUUAGAUCAUCAGUUGCAGAUGAAGAGACAAUGUGUACUAUUGCAGACACAAUAUUUGAUCAAGCAAUUUCAGAACCCAACUUUACAUACAGUGCUGCAAGACUAUGUAAUCACCUGUCUCAGAACCUAGAAGUUACUUUUGGAAACUUCAGAGAUCUCAUUCUACAGAGAUGUCUACAAGAAUACACAAGACACACAGAACUUCUUGUAUCUCCCAACGAUGAAGCAUGUGUAGAAGGUUUCACAAUUUUUAUGGGAGAACUUUUUUCACAGUUAGAGGUUGUCGUUGGAGAAGUGAAAGAGAAGUUAUGGAUCCUUGGGAAGAAACUUACUGAGUUACUCAUUACACUUCUGAAUCAUCCUACUGAAAAUAAUUUGAGAUGUGUUUGUAAAGUGUUAAAGUUUACAGGUGCAACUCUUGAAGAUUACGAACGACAAAUGACUGAAGGAAAUGUAGCUGCAGAGAUGGAUAAAAUAUUUAUGAUUAUCAAAGACAUUGCAGACAACUCUGAUAUUAGAAGUAACACUAAGAACCUACUGAUGUCCAUUGUGGAGUUGAGAGCCUCAGACUGGGCUAGAACAGAGUCUUCACCUGUAGAGCAAAAUGAUCCUUUAAUAACAGAUAAUUAUCUGUAUAGCACAGUAUUUUAUGGACCAGAUGAACAGCCAAUUUCCUUAGAAGAAGUUGUCUUGUUACAAAAUUCAUGCAACCUCGAUGGCUUUUCAAGUAUAAUGAAUGGAUUUUAUGUGGGUGAAGAUCCGGAAGCUGAAAAUAUGGAUGAUGAAAUGGAAGCAGCAUUUGAAGAGUUUUUGCUAGAAACGGGACAGUAACUUGAUGAUGUGUCAAAAGAAAUUUUUAUAUCAAUUAUUAUUAGGCUAACAAUAUGUUUUGUGGCUGAUUUAUGAAGUUAAUUGUAAGAUAAAUUAAAAAUGGUAAAAUUAUAAAUUAAUGAUAAUUUUUUUUGAUCAGUUUCAGUAGUAUUUCAUAAAGCAAAUGGACGUUUUUUGUUUGAUUAAUAUACCAAACAAACAUUGUAAUUCAAUAUAAUGAUAUAUCUUCAUAGAUAUUAAAGAAGUAUGCUUUGUUCUAAGAAACUGCAUUUUGUCACAUGUAUUUUAAAGGUCCACCCUAUCACAUAUCUAUCCUGUAAUACUUUAAAAUAUCUUUUUUUGUAAACAAACUUAUGGUAUAAAUAUAUCUUGGCCCAUUUAGAAUAUUUUUGUAACACUUAUUGAACUGAAA